AUGUGACAUCACAGCGGUCCUGCCUCCACCGCUCGUCCAUCGCAGGACAGCAAGACGCUUUUAAAUCAACACGGUGGCUCUAUAAACACCGUUAACCGAGCGGACAGCCCACUGAGUUCAUUUCAAAGCUCUCCGUUUGAAUAAUGGCUCAACUGCGGGCCUGCUUGCAGCCUGACAACAUCCUCCGUCGUCCGCUAAUCGGAUAGCGCGACGGACUUUGAGUGACUGCGGGCAGCACCGAGCUAACGUUACGCAGCUGUCGGUAACCGAAGCUAACCGGCUAUCUACCGUUAGCUGGAGCGGCUCAACACAUGAUACUGGCGCACGGUGUCCAGGGACAGACCUCCACACACGGCGACAGGACCCCCUGAACAACCCCCGUACCGCUGAAAUGGACAAAGAAGAGGCAGACCGGCUGAUAGAGAAGGCGAAGCUGUGUUUACGGUCCGGACGGAAGGAUCGGGCGUUGCAGCUGCUAUAUGAAGCGCAGAAUAUUUACCCCAGCACCCGGGCCAGAGUGCUGAUAGAUGCCAUACUAAGGAAUGGAAGCAGUGCUGCUCCACAGACGAACCACGUGCCCCCGCCAAGCGGCUGGAGAGACGAGGACGCAGGAAACAAUGAAACGAGCUAUCCCAGCGGAGAUGAAAAGAAGAGCUACACUGAGGAUCAACGCCAGGGUGUUCUCAGGAUAAAGAAUUGCAAGGACUUCUAUGAAAUCCUUGGUGUUAACAAAAAUGCUAGCGAUGAAGAUUUGAAGAAGGCGUACAGGAAGUUGGCCCUGAAGUUUCACCCUGACAAGAAUUUUGCUCCCGGAGCCACAGAUGCUUUCAAAGCAAUAGGCAAUGCAUACGCAGUGCUGAGCAACCCAGAGAAGAGGCAGCAGUAUGAUCAGUAUGGAGAUCAGUCUGCAGCUCCGAAUGCACCCCAACACUCCACCCACAGUCGCCACGGACACUACCGAAGCUUCCACAGAGACUUUGAGGCCGACAUUUCCCCAGAGGAACUCUUCAACAUUUUCUGGGGACGGUUCCCCACAGGAAACAUCCAUGUGUACACCAACCAGGGAGCCUCCUACUCUCAGUUUUAUCAGCCUCGUCGUCGACGUGCUUAUGAAAGGCGCGAGGAGGUGGUGGUGGAGGACAACCAGAGUCAGAACACCUUCACAGCGCUUCUGCAGCUUCUUCCCGUGUUGGUGCUAAUCCUCAUAUCAGUGUUUACACAGAUGAUGGCCACUAACCCGCCCUACAGUCUCUUCUAUAAGCCGGCCGUGGGGCUGGUGGUAUCCAGGGAAACGCAGCACAUGGGCGUACCGUACUAUGUCGAUAAAAGUUUUGAGAAGGAAUACCGUGGAGCUGCGUUGGACGAACUAGAGAAAACCAUAGAGGCCGACUAUAUUGAACACUUGCAGAGUAGCUGCUGGAAAGAGAAACAGCAAAAGUCGGACUUGGCAAACCUGGGACAACUGUACCGAGAUGAACGGUUAAAGCAGAAGGCCGAGUCGAUGAGGCUGGACAACUGUGAGAAACUGCAUCGAUUGGUCGGGCGUCAGAGAGGCAAAUGAGGACACGGAGGAGAUGAUGUUUCUUUACAGACUUUCCAAUAAUGCAUUUUAGUGAAGUGUGUAAUUUAUCUAAUCCGGCCACUUUGUAAAGAAAUCUCUUUGGGUACGGCGCAGUCGGUGGGAGAUUAUGCCACUGGAAACAAUGUGCCUUCUCUCCUCUUUGAUGGUAGACAAUAAGAGUUGCAUGUUAGCUGCCAACCCUGGCUGCGGUGGCAGAAGCAUCAAGUGCAAACUCACUGUGGCAGUGCGUAUGAUGUCUUUGAGCCUUUAAACUUUCUUAUAGAAAUGGCAUGACAUAUGGGGUCUCCCUUCGGGGUCAUGAAGGCAGUUGUAUGUUCACACAUACACGUUUUAUCCGUUUAGUUUUUGUAGUUAACCUCUUUUGAUUUUUUGGAUGUUUUUGUGUCCUUGCUGAAAUUUUAGGUGUAUUUAUUUAGUAGUUAAUAGAGUGAAUGUGGCGUGAGCAUCUCGGCUCAUUAUUUUCUGUAGGGAAUUUUGAGUUCAGUGACUUAAAUACUACUGUAGUCUUUGGACAAUUCUGAGAUGGUCUGUACUGUGAAAUUAUAAAGGACCUUUUUAUUUGUGAGUAAAACAGGCAAAUCAGACAACUGGACCUCCAGCACUUUCACAAUAGGAGGCACUGUAGAGUAAAAUUUUACAAAUAUGACCACUCUUUCCUGAUGACUAUGCUUAUCAUAAAAGGUUGUAAUUGCCAAAAAAAAAAGAGCUGAAUCCCACCGCAGAGCUUCCAGCUCCCUGCAUUACUGCUGUUUGUUGCUUUGUUUAUUUAGCUUCUGCCAUCCAGGAGCCUUUUAGCUGCUGGUUUAAACUUAAAAAUGACUGUUGUUCUGAAGAGGUCACUUUAAUUUGAAACUCCAUUUUGAGCAGUAUGUAAAAGCAUAUGGUGGCUUAAAUGGCAUGCAAUACUUUGUUUUCAUCAUCAGCUUGAUUUUGUUUUCAGAGAAUUUGUUUCCAGUCCAAAUUCGUAGAUGUUUUAUAAAUCCUACACCUUUUAUUUAUACAGAUCUUUUAUAAAGAAGACAUUUUAAUUUGAAAAUCUAAAUUUGUGUGGGCGUAAACCUCUUUCUCCUUGGAACCAGAUUUGUGAUUUUUACUUGUCAUGUUCUAGUCAGGUUUGGUCAUCAUGAAUAGGAACUUUGUGGAGUUGUUGACUUUAAUUUUAUACCAACCCCAAACCAUUAAAACCCUAUACAGGCAUUAGUACAUGUUGCUGUGCACUAAGACUGCCAAACUGCCUUAGCUGUUCUCAUACUUAUAAAUAUUCAGGUUCAUUUCAAGCACUUUUGAGUUAAUAUUUACUCCUGUGUUCCAUUGUUACUGUUGCAUGCACCCUAGUGAGAGAGUGUUUUCUUAGUUACAUAUUCAUUUUUGGCAAAUGCGUCUUCAUGACUACUGACACUACAAAUGUUGAUGGAAAAUAUUCAGGUCCACACUGUAAGUCACAAACAUGUAAAUCCUUUACUGUGAUACACACGAGUCAGGUUUUGGUAACUAUCGGUGUGGAAGUAACAUUGCAGUUGAGUUGACUUGAGUAACACUGCAGAAUUAAGCUUUCAGCCAAAAAUACCAGAAAAUUAAAGAUGUAACCAGAA